AUGGAAAGGAUUGAUUUUUCUCGAAAACGAAUGUACAAACAAGAUACUGGUAAAAGAAGACCGAUCAUACGCGAGCAGAGCAUUAAUCGGCCAGAAUCAGUUUUACAGCUCGCCCGCAAGUUUGCCGAGGCAAGCGCUGCACAGGAUAAAAGAAUCCACAUAUCAAAUCGAAAGUUGGCAGUAAACGGAGGACAAAACCUAACGAUCGCAACAACAGCAACAUCUUGCAGUGGUCCAACUAGCCCAGUCGGGACAGGCGGCGAUAAUUUGGUGAUAUCCACAACAAUCAACAAAAAACCCGGCGGUAUUGCCUGUCUUUGUUUUGCUUGCAUCAUCUAUUACUUCAAAGCAUGCCGGCGUUUCGCAAAACUUCCACAGCACCUACAGUUCCAGGAUUAA